UCUGGAGCGAAUGAGGUACCAAAGAGGAGACUGGUCGCUUUUGUGACGUCUGUAUCGUUGUCAAAGAUCGACAGUUUUCCGCUCACCGCAACAUUCUUGCUUCAUGUGAUUGUGAAUUGUCAGCAGCCGAAAGCUUUCGAGUUGUUGUUAAACUACAUGUAUAGUGGAUGUGUAGUGAUUGAUCGAACCACUGUGGCAGAGCUUCUCCGACUGGCAAACAAUUUUUUGGUCACAAAACUCAAGAAUUACUGUGCAGAAUACUUGGAC